UACUUUUACCAACUUGCCUGUAUUACAAUUUUGAAGGACCGCGUUCAGUGGCGCUUCCCGCAUUUGAUUUGUUUCCCUAAACCAGGAGAAGAAGAAGAAGAAUAUGAAGAUGGUAUCGGAGGUUGUGGAGUUGUUGAAGGAGAACCUUCCGGUGACUCAGGAGCCUUUUGUUUUGUCCGGUGACGUUAACACUGGCCUCGUCCUCGUUGAUGUCGUUAACGGUUUCUGUACCGUCGGCGCUGGAAAUUUGGCUCCGAAACAGCAUGACAAGCAAAUUUCUCAAAUGGUGGAGGAAUCGGCGAGACUCGCUAGAGUUUUCUGCGAGAAAAAGUGGCCUAUAUUCGCCUUUCUUGAUUCUCAUCAUCCUGAUAUUCCAGAGCCUCCUUAUCCUCCUCACUGCAUUGCUGGAACCGACGAAGCCAAAUUAGUUCCAGCCUUGCAAUGGCUAGAAAAUGAGACGAAUGUAACGCUGAAAUGCAAAGACUGCAUCGAUGGAUUUGUAGGUUGUUUGGAGAAAGAUGGCUCUAAUGUUUUCAUCGAUUGGGUGAAAAACAAUCAGAUCAAAGUCAUCUUAGUGCUGGGAAUUUGCACCGACAUAUGCGUGCUGGAUUUUGUUUGUUCAACAUUAUCUGCAAGAAAUCGUGGUUUCCUUCCGCCAUUAAAGGAUGUGAUUAUAUAUUCCGGUGGCUGUGCCACUUUUGAUCUUCCAGUUUCUGUGGCCAAAAAUUUAGGAGAUGCAAUUGCUCAUCCACAGGCGCUGAUGCACCAUAUAGGCCUAUACCUAGCAAGGGGAAGGGGAGCCAAGGUGGUAUCAGAAGUUUCAAUUAAGGCACUCUGAGGAAAGCCACUUAGCAAAGUAGCUGACUUGCUCUUUGGCUUCAAUAAUGUCUUUUCCAAUGUAAAAUGCAAUGCUCAAGAUUACAAUGCAACUGCCUUUUAUUGAUAAGCGAUCAAUCUCUGCUUCAGAGAAAUUCAAAGAUAUCAUAUUCUA